UAUCUUGCGACGCAGUGGUUGGCUUGGCAACGGCAAUUGACGACUUUCCCCCCUUAAGAAUCUGUAAACAAGCAUUUGUUGUGUCCUGUUAUAGAAAAACCAGAAAGCCUCGGAGACUAUAACCUUUUCUGUGCGAUGAUUGAGUCCUCUUUAACUUCUUUAGGUGCGAAAGUUGUCCUCGCUGCAUCCAGCGAUGAAAAUCACCCACCAGAAAGCAUUAUCGACGGAAACACUAAAACGUUUUGGAUGUCCACUGGGAUGUUUCCUCAAGAGUUCAUCAUUCACUUCCCUGAACCUACAAACAUUGGCACUGUGACAGUGGACAGCUACAAUGUGAAGCACCUGAAAAUAGAAAAAAACACCUCACAAAAUGCUUCUCAAUUUGAGCCUGUUGCAGAGAAAGAGUUUGAAAGUACAGAGGGACAUCUUCAGUCGAAUGCUAUAACACUAAAUGGCUGCAGUGCCACCCACCUUCGUUUCAUCAUCACCGCAGGAUAUGAUCACUUUGUCUCAGUUCACAGAGUCAGUGUAAAAAAUUAACGCACAUAAUUAAAAUUAAUGUGUGUAUAACAUUUACGAGGUGUGAUCAUAAACUUAUGCAGCGAAACCCAUAAAAAUCAAAAACCAUACCUUAUUUAAAUUUGGCCUGACUUGAAUUUAAUUUUGGUUACACAUUUGGUUUAGCCUAGAUUGUACUCAGUUGGGAACUUGGAUAGCUGGAAACCCAAGAGCUGAGUAGUUAUUCCUGUUAUACUUCUUUAACAAGUCUGUGUGGUCACGAGAAUAAAAAAAAAUGGCAGACAUUAAAACAUCCACACAAACCCUCGUGCUAACCAUCUGAUGACAAAAUUUAUGUCACUGGGACCCAAGCAGACCCAAGCAGACCCUAGCGGACUCGUGGAUACAGAAUGUAUAAAGCAGAAUUUAUUUUUCAGCAGAUGUAGCGCGUUUGCAGUCUGGUGAUGGCCCAUCUACCUGUAGAGAGCUCUGUUGUCAAGUAUGUAGUACAGUCUGUAAGCCCCUCUUGCUUGUGUUGUUGUUGGUCAGUCAGCCAGCUGCGAAAAAUAGCAAAGUUGUAAAAACAGUGAAAAGUGUCCGCUGCACCGAUUGUCUGUAGUUUUUGAUCCUUAAAGUUUAUUUCAUGGUUUCUCCUGUUCCUGUUGAACUCCAACCUAUUCUAGCCCACUUCUCAACUAGUCACCACUCAGACAGUACCUCCACAUGAAAUAGGAGGAAAAGGAGUCAAAACCAGAAACAAAUAAAGUUUUUUUUCAACAAAACCAUCUUUUCAAACUGCUGCAAGAUCUCUCUCUAUAUGAUCUGUGAAUUUCUGAGCUUCUGAUAGAUCAUUAAAAUGGUGUUAAAAACCUACAAAUUGGUUCCCUCAACGCGCCAGGUUAUAAAAAUUGUCGUAUGCUUGCGUUCAGACAGUGCAAGGCAGGUGUAAAGAGGCCCUGAGAUGCCUCUGGUUAUAGAGCUCCACACUGACUGCUUGAGUGCUGGCUCAGAUCCAGAAGUGCACAAAAAGAUGACCUUCAGUCAUGGAUACUGAAAUUUGAAGUGAAAUCAGGCAUACUUUUUAUUUUCAUGGAAGUUGUGCAACGUUGUGAGCUCAUCACAUGUAUAAAAAUAAUAUGACCAUUUCUUUUUUUUCAUAAACAUAUACAGUCAGGUCCAUAAAUAUUUGGACAGAAACAACAUUUUUUCUGAUUUUGGUUCUGUAUAUUACCACAAUGAAUUUUAAAUGAAAAUACUCUGAUGCAGUUGAAGUGCAGACUUUCAGCUUUAAUUCAUUGCUUAAAAAUGUGAGAAACUAAAGUGUUUUUUAAAAACUCAAUCUCUUUGUUCCAAGUAGUUGGUCAAAUUAAAUAACUGAAAAUAAAAGAUAAAGGUUUCCUCCUUUUUAAUACUGUGCCAGUCCUUUACUGCAGCAGCUUUCAGUUGCUGUUUGUUUGUGGGCCAUUAUCCACAUCUCCAUGUGGAUCAUGUGGAUACCCUCAAAUGAAGGUGGAGAGUCUCCACAUUAUGUCCGUGUCCAUUACAGAACUAUAACUAGAAUAUGUUUCUGUAAACGGGUAAAAAAACAACGCUUGUGUCGGUGUCCAAAUAUAUAUGGACCUAACUGCAUGACUUUGUGGUAUUUCAUUUUUAAUUAAACAAUAAUAAAAAACCCACACACACAAGCAUUAUUUGACAUAGCUGGGGAACUAUGAAUCUUCUUGGGAUAUGUUCUAUAGAGAAAACAUUUGAAUGUAUUUUUAAGCCUGCCUUAUGAUUAGGACAUUUGUGUCAAUCCAUUUUCACAGUUUUUGCUUAUUUAAUGUUAUGGAUUCACUAAUGGGCCUUAUUUUAAAUCCUACAUUCGACUGUUCCUGCCUAUUUCACAAGCUGAUAAUUGGCAAAGCCUUAGAAUAAAAGAGCCGGAUGGUGAUGAAUGGUAGAAUUACUUACAAAGGAAGUUUCUCUCUCUGUGUGAGAGAUAGAAUUAAUUAAGUAAUUUUGAGCAGCAGGGGCUUAAAUUGGAAUCCAUACAGCCCGCCCACCACCCACCCCCAUCCUCACGAACAGAAUUUGACAUUGCCACAGACAUUUAUAACCAUGGGCAACCUUGCUGGGGGGUUGGGGGACCAGAUGGUUUCCCAGCCAACGAGUGAGUGUCUAAAGACUCCAGGCCUGUUCACACAAAAUAUUCAAGCCUCCUCUUCUACUUACUGUAUAUAUCCUUUAGACACACACAGUAACGCUUCCUCAUAAACACUCAUAAACCUAUCUACCUCAGCUGCCAUUUCAACUUGUCGGUAGCAAAGGCUUCAGCAGUAUGCGAGGACCCUUUGGGACUCCCUCCCCAAUUACUUUUCUGACUGCACGAGGCUUGGGGAUUUGCGGCGCCUGUGUUUGUUAUAGCUUGGUCUGCAUGCAGGGCCCUGAAUAAACCAAUAAAAAUAUGAAAUAGUUGCCUGAAUAACUGGCCUCCUGAUAGUUUAGAGCAACUAAUUGCUUAGGGGUAUAGUUCGGAUGGAGCACAUUUGAGUAUGUGAGUGUGUAAUGAGUAAUGAGGCCAAGGCAGAAACUGAUACGGUGUUAUUGACUCUUCUAUUAUUUACCAGUAUGGAAUAUUUAUUAUAUUUUUGAAAGUAAGGUUUGGACCGUGAAAUGCAGUGCUUCAGAGUCAUAGGAGAACAUUUUUCCCUCCUCGGUAGUUCAGGUGUGAAUUUUAAUUCAUGUGUUUGCUUUAAAAAUGUAACCAAAGAGCCUCGUUUUGCAUGUUGAACAGGUCUGAAAGAGCUCCUCUGUGUUAUUAAUGAAUUCAGGCCCUUUUGUGCUUGACUAUCAGCCGAUCAGAAGAAACACAGCAGGAUAUGAGUGAAUUAUUAUCAUGUCACUGCAGGGUAGGGCUAAAUUAUCACCCAGUCUACUGAUGGCUGUCUAACUGCUGUUCAGUCAUACUCAGACAUCUGCUAGACCAGAACUCUGUAUGUUCAGCUGAGUCUAUAAAAAGAGAUUGGAUCCUCCCUGAAAACCCCUGUUCAGUAGAUGAUACAGCUGACAGAGGUCGAUUUUUGUAAAAUUAUUAAAAGCCUGCAAUAAAUAUGUAUGCAUGCAAUAUAUUUUUCAGUUAAUUAUCAGUUAAAACACAUUAAAAUGGCUACGUUUCAAAAUCACAGGAAAAACAUUGCAUUUUUUAAUUGCAAUUGUGUAAAUAUAGUUGAUGUUUUGUAUGUGGUUAUUUUGAGGAAGAAAUCCGCCACCCACCCCAGCUCUGUUAUUUUCUUUCAUGACAAACCAGCGACUCUGAAUUUCUUGUUAUCUCUUCAGUGUGGUCCUCCAUUCACGUUGGUGACGAAGCCACGCGCGCCGACAAUGGGCCUUAAUUUGAUUUCAGUUUUGAUUUGGUCUCAUCAGCUCAUUUAUGACAGAAGCUGAGACACAACGAGCUGUUGUGAAAGGAAGGAAGUGGUAUCAAAAGGCCGAAAUUAGCUGAUUAGAUGGGAGAGGGAAACAAUCUUCCUAUUAUUUAAGCCCAACAGGAAUGGAGAAUGAUAGUGAAGAAUUGACACUCAUAUUUAUUUAUGAGUUUAAUUCCAGCAAUUGCUCAUCAAAUUCACCCUUAUGCAAUUCAGUUGAGAAACAUAUUAAAAGAUAGUUGUAGUAAUGAUUAAAAACAGGCAUAAUGGGAGUUGGUGCUGCUUCUUUGGGAGAUAGAAAAAGCUCUUUAAUCUGUUUUCUGGCAAAAUUAGUCUCACUAAACCGGUUUCCAAAGAAGCUGCCAGUGUGUGUAUAACAAAGAAAGAAAAAAACAGCCCACAUCUGAUGUAACGUGCUGCCGUGAUGCAAACCAGAAUGCAGUAUCGGGCUUCUCUGCAACUCCUACUGACCUUGCAGCGGCUGUCCCUUACCCCUACACCAGCCUGGGGGUGUAAAAAAGAGCUUUUGUACACUAUGCUGAUCCACCUGUCUCCAUGCUGUCAGACUGAGAAAAAGAAGAGCUGUCAGAUACAGGGCUAGCCACUGCAAGCACCUAGCGAGCAUAGUACUCCUCAGACAUCUCAACCAUGCUUAUUGAGUGGCUCCUCAGUGCCUUUGCUACGUAGCAGGGCUUCAAAAAUUACUGUCAAAACCCAGAAUCAUAUUUAAAGGAUGGAUUUUCAGUCUAAACUAUAGAUGUGUUACAUAAUAAAUAUUGGGGCAGUGGGACUUCUGCUUCAUAUUUAAAGAGUUAAUUUAACCCUUUAAAGCCAAGAAACGCAAGUUUCAAAUAGGAAACUUGCGUAACACAAGUUUUUGUGACCUUAUGAGACUUCUACAUUAUAAGUGUAUCAGAUUAAAAGUUCCAGAGAUGGUGGAUCAAUGCUUGUAAGCGCGGGAACAGGAAGAAAAACCUCUAUUUACUGGCCAUGAUCUCCAGACAUGAAUAUGGACACAGUUCUAUAAUAGAAAAUUACUACAAGGACAAAGAGCAAUUCCAAAAACCAUCACCAAUGAGCACAAUUGUGGCUUCAUCCAGAAAUGCGAGUUUAAACUCUUCCAUGGUGCCAGCCAGUCAACAUCUGUGAGACAGCGCUAAACCUUUCUGCAUGUAUUACAACAGCAUGGCUCCAUAGUAAAAGAAUACAGGGGCUAAAUUAGCCUGUCUACAAACCAGACAGUCAGACACUAAAAACAUUUGGUGCAUUAUGGAAUAAAAGCCAAUAAACCAGGCUCCCAAACUGUUGAGCAAGGAAAUUCAUUGAUCUAAAGCCUAAAUGGAAAAACUCUGUGCUUUCAACACUACAUCAGUUUGCCUCCUCAGUUUUCAAAUAGAAACAGCUUAGACAAAAGCACUAGAGUGCUGAACUUUUCUAGACAUUACACAGCAAAAAAAGCACGAGAGAACGCAGUCAGACUGAAGAUUAAACAGUCUUUUACCAGGUCCUAAUGCUUCUACGUGAGAAUCAGGCAGGUAGUAUAUGUCUGUUAAAGUCAAAGGAAGUACGCUUUUUCUCGUGAAUGCUCUAUCCAGCUGUCACCCUUGCCUAAACCAAGCGCGUCUUCAUGUCUGCUAGAUUUGAAAAAGGCCAACUCAGAACAAUGAUCAGACCUGAUUCUCCCAACAUUUUAGUUUAAUUCAGUUGAAAAUAUUUCCUUUCUGUUUUUAUUUCAAUUUCACAGCAUUGGAAACACUGAAAUAUCUUUGUAGAAGCAAAAGUUACUUUUGAAUAAUCUUGAUUUCAGGCAACCAUUUGCAACGUGUUUGAUUUGCUUUGCUAAUCAGCUAUGUUCAUACUUACCCAGGAUGAGUUAGCAAAGAUUUUUGUCCAAGAUAUGCAAGGUGCUCUGUGGCUGAUUUAUUUAUUUUUGAAAAUGGGGUUUCGAGCACCUUCGUAAAACCAUUAUCAUAGCUGCAAUGUCCACCAUCCUUUUGUUACUUUCCUUGUUUCACCAGUUUCUGUGCCAAGGCUUAGAGUAAGGCAUUUUGUAUUGAGUGCCUACUAGUUACAGCCCCCCAGCUUAGAUUCCACUUAGUCUGUCUGUCUCCAAAUCUUUCCUGGCCUGCAGGUAGAAUCAUAUAUUCUGCCUCACUGUCUGUCUAUGUUAGUGUUGAGCUUGGUGGAGUAGUUAAACUUUUGCUUCACAAACUACUUUGCCCUUGUGGGAAGUGGAAUAGCUCCAGAAUAUUAGAGCCAAAUGGCUGGGACUGUAGCUAGGAAGGAUUGUUUGCCUCCAGUGGGAGCAUCGCCAGCUUACUCUUUCGCAAAGUUAGAUGAACGGUUUAGAUAGACAUUACUGGAAAAUCACCCUUUUUUAAACUUCUAAAAUAUUUGCUUUUAUUGUAGACUAUCCAGCUCCCUUCAAUCUGUCUCCUCGCAGAGCACAAAGUAGAUGCCAACAUUUACACUUGGUGUCUGUUAGAGGUCUAUAUUGUACUUCAUUAAGUUCUGGUUACUUUUUGUGUGGCUUCCCAUUUUA